GGCGGCGCGGCGCGCGGGACGGCGGCGGAGCGCGCGGGGACGCGAUGUAUCUCCGCCGGGUGGUCUCCCGGACCCUGGCUCUGCCCCGGAGGGCGCCCCCGAGCCCCGCGCCGCUCGGGAAGGACGCAUCCCUUCGCCAGAUGUCAUCCAACAAAACCCCUGGAACAUCGAGAUCCAAUAUGCUUUAUUAUCUGGUUGUUGGUGUCACAGUCAGUGCGGGUGGAUAUUAUACUUAUAAGACUGUCAUAUCAGAGCCAGCCAAACACACAGUACAUAUAACCAGUUUAAAAGGAAAAACAAAAGCAGGGUCACAUCCAUCUCAAGAGGACACCCCAGAAGCUAAGGAAGAGUAUUCAGGAGCCACUGAAGAGUGUGACGCGGGCGCUGAGGUGAAAAGCGCGGAAGAGACUCCAGCGGCAGCGAAGGGGCCGGUGGCAGAGGCCUCAGGGGCCACCCCAGGGGAGGCCACGGCUGUGGCUUCUGAGACUGGGCCCGAGGCUACAGCUGCGGCCGUGGGCGGAAACAUGGAGGUCAGUUCUGGAACGAGCCCCGGGGUGAGUCACCCCGCACCAGAACAGGGGGGGCCCUACUGCCACAGCCACAGCCACAGUCACAGCCACAUGGCCUGGGAGAGCCAUGGCCCCGGGGGAUGUCCCGGGCCAGACAAGGAAGCCCUGCGGGCUGCCUCCAAACCCUGCGCUCAGCAUGGCUUCCAGGGAGAAGCCGGUGUGGAUCCCGAGGUGGCCUCCGCCCGAGACCAGUAACCUGCUUCAGAGAACGGUCCACAGAAACGCCCCGAGUCUCUGAUUGCCUCUCCUGUGCUCUCAAUAACCUUAGCUCUUAGAGACUUCUCUGUAGAAAACAUCGUUGUGCCUUGAAGAUGAGGGGUAUCUGCUGAUUGAUUCUUAGACUUGAGAGAUUCCAGAUGUUACAUGGUUUUCUACUGUCUAAAAUCAGACUGUGUCAUUGCAGUAAAGCUUCCAUAGUUUUACCUUUAAAUUCACAUUUCAUAUUAUUGGAAUUGAGUUAACUACACAACUUCGAUUCGUUCUGCUCUAUCUUUGCCUUACUUUAUUGUGUGUAGAUCUGAAUUACUGAGUUUGGUUUGAACUCAUUUAAUAAAAAGAGAAACUGUU